AUGUCUGUGGAUCUAUAUCCUGAUUACGAGUAUAUUGCAGCCCACAUCAAUGAUUAUAUUGAAGAUGGAGUAAUUAUCGAUAUUUUUUCAGAGGAAGAUUUCAAAUUCUACUUCAACUCAGCAAAGUUGACACCAACUAAUUUUAUUGAGUUACUAAGGCAAAUAUCAUCACAUUUUACAAAGAAAGAUUUAAAUUAUAGUAUUCCUACAUUUUCUAUCAGCAAUUCUGACGAAGCCAUCUCAAUUCUGGAAGCUGUUAAAAAGCAUAUGUGUCUCAGAUUUCAUGAUGAAAUAAUUGACUUCAUUGCCAAAUCUAGUUUAGAAAUUUCUGAUUUGAAAAAGAAAAAUUCCGAACUAGAAAAUUCCAUUGAUAAACUACAAAUGGAUUUAAAAACAAUUAUAAAUCAAAAGAAAGACUGUGAAAGAGAGAUGAUAAAGCAUAAAAUGAAAGUUGUAGAGUUUGAGAUAAAUCUCCGGAGAUCAGCCAAUGAAAAUAUCGGAUCUAUGAGCAAUACAAUGUUACAUAGAUCAAAUAGCAUGCCAAUGAAUGAAAAUAACAAGAAACUCGUAGAGAUGAUAGAACAAGAAAACUUAUCAAAGAUUGUUCAAUUAAAGAAAUCUAAUGAUUUUGAAAGUAUUUAUUUGUUCUUUGAUAAGCUUUCAGAACAAAAUAAUAAAAAGAUGUUAUUAGUUGCGUGCAAAAAAGGACUUUGGCGAAAGAAAUCUCAGAACGGAGGAAUGAACAUACUUCAUACUUCUUGUACCCGAGGAAAUCUUAAGCUUGUAAAACAUCUCAUUAGAAGUGGUUGUAAUAUUGAAUCAAAGACAUUAAAUGGAAAUACUCCUCUUAUUUGGGCAAUAUUGGGUGGAAACCUUAAAGUUGUUAAAUAUCUAAUCUCUGCUGGAGCUAAUAAAGAAGCUAAAACCAUUUAUGGUUUAACUCCACUCAUUAUUGCAGCUGGAAAUAAUCAACUUGAAAUAGUAAAGUAUCUUAUAUCAAUUGGAGUUGAUGUUAACGCAAAAACAAUCUCUGGGAAAACAGUUCUCACUGCUGCAGAAUCAUCAGAAAACAUCAGAAUGUAUCUAAGAUCAAUUGGAAUUAAUUGA